CUCCCUCAUAAAAUCCACCGCCAUUCACACCCACAGCCAUUCAAACACAAGCGCGACAACCUCUCCCCGGCGACCACUGCGCCUCCGGUGACCGCCCCGCAAGCACCUCCGGUGACCGCCCCGCAAGCACCUCAACCACGUUUGGCUCUUUGUCUAAAGCUCUCUUUCGCUGUUCAAACACAUACGCCGGCCUCUUUCUCUCUCUGCGUUGCCGCUGUCCGGCAGUUUCUGGCGCCACCAUCGCCGAUUUCCGGCACAUCUAGGUUAGAAUUGUCUCCACUUUGUGUUAUCCUGUUUCGAGAGAUAACACGGGUAAGGAGAAAGCAAAGGAGUAAGGUGAUUCCAACAACAAGACAUUUCGGAUUUUGAGAUCAAUCUGGGUGGAUGCAAUGCCUGAAGAACGGAAUGGCCUGCCUGUAAAUGCCAAUGGCAAUAAAUAUACAAUUGACUUGCCUACAUUCAGUAGGCGGUUGCAAGCUUUCUACAAGCACUGGAAAGAUCACAAAGAUGAGCUUUGGGGUUCUUCUGAUGUCCUUGUUGUGGCCACACCGCCUCCUUCGGAGGAUUUACGGUAUCUGAAAUCCUCUGCUCUUAACAUUUGGUUACUUGGAUAUGAGUUUCCAGAGACGAUUAUGGUUUUCGGAGAGAAGAAUAUCCAUUUCAUUUGUAGUGGUAAGAAAGCAUCAUUGCUUGAGGUUGUCAAAGCAUCUGCCAGAGAGACUGUAAAUGCAGAAGUUGUAAUAUGGGUUAAGGCAAAAAAUGAGAAUGGAAGCACUCAAAUUGAUAAGGUGCUCCGGGCUAUCCGUUCUCAGCCAAAGUCGGAUGACCAUGAUACACCUGUAGUUGGGAACAUAGCUCGGGAAGCCCCAGAGGGGAAACUCUUGGAGAUAUGGUCAGAUAAGUUGAAGGGUUCUGGUCUAACCCUGAGUGAUAUAUCAAAUGGAUUAUCUGACCUUUUUGCUGCUAAGGACAAAAAUGAGAUUACAUGUAUUAAGAAAGCUGCUUACUUGACUGCUUUUGUAAUGAAGAACUUUGUUCUUCCAGAGGUUUUAAAGGUGAUUGAUGAGGAGAAGAAAGUGACACACUCUGAACUCAUGGAGGAGACGGAGAAGGCUAUAACUGACCCUCCCAAGAUUGGCGUCAAACUAAAAGCUGAAAAUGUUGAUAUCUGUUACCCUCCUAUCAUUCAGAGUGGUGGGAACUUUGAUCUCCGGCCGAGUGCAACAAGCACUGAUGAUCCGUUAUACUAUGAUUCUCCCAGUGUUAUCAUUUGUGCAGUUGGGUGCCGCUACAACAGUUAUUGUUCAAAUGUUGCUAGAACAUAUCUUAUUGAUACUGAUGCAGUGCAAACCAAAGCUUAUGAGGUUCUUCUUAGGGCUCAUGAGGCUGCUAUUCAUGCACUAAAGCCUGGAAACAAGGUUAGUGAUGUAUAUGAGGCUGCUUUGACAGUAGUGAAGAGAGAUGCUCCCGAGCUGGUACCCCACCUAACAAAAUCUGCAGGAACAGGCAUUGGUCUGGAGUUCCGUGAAUCUGGAUUGACUCUUAAUGCGAAGAAUGAAAGACUGUUGAAAGAAGGCAUGGCUUUUAAUGUCUCACUUGGUUUCAAGGAUCUACAAUCGAAGUCGAGCAAUCCAAAGAGCCAGAAUUUCUCACUAUUGCUUGCAGAUACAGUUAUUGUGACGGAUGGUGUCUGUUAUGUUGCAACUUCGGUCAGCCCUAAAGUUUCUAAAGAUGUUGCCUAUUGUUUCAAUGAAGAUGGAGAGGAAGAAGAGCCACGAAAAGCCAACAUGGAACCUACUGCCAGGGCUUCUAUGUAUUCCAAAGCAACGCUUCGUUCAGACAAUGGGGAGAUCUCCAAGGAAGAACUUAGGAAGCAGCACCAAGCAGAACUUGCGCGCCAGAAGAUUGAGGAAACUGCUCGCCGCCUUGUUGGGGUGGGAUCAGCUAAUGGGGAUGGAAGAUCUACUGUGAAAUCAGCAAGUGAGCUAGUUGCCUAUAAAAGUGUUAAUGAACUUCCACCACCUAGGGAAAUGAUGAUUCAAGUUGACCAGAGGAAUGAAGCUAUUCUAAUUCCCAUCUAUGGAAGCAUGGUACCCUUCCAUGUUGCUACGGUGAAAACUGUAUCAAGCCAGCAGGACACUAAUCGAAAUUGCUAUAUUCGUAUAAUCUUUAAUGUACCCGGCACACCCUUCACUCCUCAUGAUGCCAAUUCUUUGAAGAACCAAGGGGUGAUUUAUUUGAAGGAGGUCUCGUUCAGAUCCAAGGAUCCAAGGCACAUAAGUGAAGUGGUGCAGCAGAUUAAAACUCUUCGGCGUGGUGUUAUGGCCAGGGAAUCUGAAAGGGCUGAGAGAGCCACUCUCGUCACCCAAGAGAAACUUGAACUUGCAGGGAAUAAGUUCAAGCCGAUAAGGUUGCAUGAUCUUUGGAUACGUCCAAAUUUUGGUGGACGUGCCAGGAAGUUGAGUGGUACAUUAGAAGCACAUGCGAAUGGGUUCCGCUAUUCUACUUCGAGGGCUGAUGAGCGUGUUGAUAUCAUGUAUGGCAACAUAAAGCAUGCCUUUUUCCAGCCUGCAGAGAAAGAGAUGAUUACCCUUCUUCACUUUCACUUGCACAACCACAUUAUGGUUGGAAAUAAGAAAACCAAGGAUGUACAAUUCUAUGUUGAGGUGAUGGAGAUGGUUCAGAACAUUGGCAGUGGGAAGAGGUCUGCUUAUGAUCCAGAUGAGAUUGAGGAGGAACAGAGGGAGAGAGAUAGGAAAAAUAAAAUUAAUAUGGAAUUCCAACAGUAUGUGAACAGGGUGAAUGAACUAUGGGGGCAGCCCCAAUUGCGCCUGGACUUGGAGUUUGAUCAACCUCUCAGAGAGCUUGGUUUCCAUGGGGUUCCAUACAAGGCCUCAGCUUUUAUAGUUCCAACUUCUAGCUGUUUGGUUGAGCUGAUAGAAACUCCUUUUCUGGUGAUCUCGUUGAGUGAUAUUGAGAUUGUCAAUUUGGAACGAGUGGGUCUAGCUCAAAAGAAUUUUGAUAUGGCAAUUGUCUUCAAGGAUUUCAAACGUGAUGUGAUGCGGAUUGAUUCCAUCCCAUCUUCCUCGCUUGAUGGCAUUAAGGAAUGGUUGGACACUACUGACACCAAGUACUAUGAGAGUAGGCUGAAUCUUAACUGGCGCCCUAUUCUAAAGACUAUUAUGGAUGACCCGCAGCAGUUCAUAGAAGAGGGUGGCUGGGAAUUUUUGAACUUGGAAGGCACGGACUCUGAUUCUGAUAACUCAGCAGAGUCAGAUAAAGGUUAUGAGCCAUCUGAUGCAGAGCCGGAGUCAGAAUCAGAAGAUGAUGCUUCAGAGAGUGAAUCACUGGUAGAAUCUGAAGAUGACGACGAAGAAUCAGAAGAAGAAUCUGAGGAAGACAAGGGCAAGACAUGGGAGGAGUUGGAGAGGGAAGCUACCAAUGCUGAUCGGGAGAAGGGGAACGACUCGGACAGCGAGGAUGAGCGUAGGAGAAGAAAGAUGAAGGCUUUUGGCAAGGCAAGGGCUGGACCUAGCAGUGCUGCCUCAAAACGCUCCAAGUUUAGGUAGAUGGUUGGUUACAGCUGAGGUAGUGUAGCUUAUUUUGGAUAUUUAUAACUUGUAGAAGACCUAUUCCUUUUCCAUCUUUUGACAUCAACUUAAGGUUUUAGUUUUUUGUGGUUGGAUUAAGAAUAUCUCAAAGUAUAUUUUGGUUCGUGCA